CUGUUUACGUUUCCAACGUGACGUCACACGGAUAACGUUAAACGGACAGAUUUAAAACCGAAACAGGCGAUAACUUAAGAAACAAAUGUUUAAUAUUCUCGCAACGGCUGAUUUCUAAUAACGCCCAUCCUAGCUACAUAUCGGAACAUCGGGGCGAGUGGACGACCUCCAGUUUUAGCUGUCCUGCUUAUUUUGAGGACCGAAGGGAGUUAACCUGGCUGCUAAGUGUAGCUAACGAUAAGUAGGUAGCGUUAGCUGGGAGCUAGCUUGCAAGUCAGCAACAGAAACUCAACAUAACCAAAUCUUUGAACAGUGAUCAACAUCUACUAGUAUGGAGAAUAAAUACAACCUGAAAAGUCCAGCGGUGAAGAGGCUAAUGAAAGAGGCUGCUGAACUGAGGGAUCCCACCGAGCACUACCACGCCCAGCCACUGGAGGAUAACCUCUUCGAAUGGCACUUCUCCGUUCGCGGGCCCCCAGAUUCUGAUUUCGAUGGCGGGAUUUACCACGGCAGGAUUGUGCUUCCCCCAGAGUAUCCAAUGAAGCCCCCGAGCAUCAUCCUCCUCACGCCAAAUGGAAGAUUCGAAGUUGGGAAGAAAAUUUGUUUGAGCAUCUCUGGCCACCAUCCAGAGACAUGGCAGCCCUCUUGGAGCAUCCGUACUGCCCUAAUAGCUAUAAUCGGAUUCAUGCCAACGAAAGGAGAGGGGGCCAUAGGAUCUCUCGACUAUACUCCAGAAGAGAGGAGGGCCCUUGCCAAGAAGUCCCAGGACUUCUGCUGUGAGGCGUGUGGGGGCUCCAUGCGCUCCGCCCUCCUGGCUCUGACCCCCAACAGUGACCCCAGCGCAGAGGACGACCAGGCUAAAGAGCUGGCUCAGCAAAUCAACUUCAAGGAAGAGUCUACUUUAUCCAGACAGCCCAGUGAGAGCGGGGGUGCAGAGAAUGAGCCUUCCACGUCCUCCCAGGGAGACCCCUCCUCGUCUGCAGAGCAGCAAGACUCUGAGGGGCCCCUGGCUGAGCAGGCAGAGGUGUCUCCAGCAGCCACAGAGAUAGAGGGCCUUAACCCCCCCGCGGCUCCCAGCACCGGGCGCCCUCUCAGCCCCCGACAGCGUCGCGCCCAGCAGCACAGCCAGAGGAACCAGAGGGAGGGCAGAGAGGCCGCCAGCAGGCCGCCCUUCGCCCCGGCACCCCGCCCCCCCCAAGAGGAGAGCAACGCGGGCUCGGUGGUCCUCAUCGUGCUGCUCACUCUGGCCCUGGCUGCUCUCAUCUUCCGCAGGAUCUACCUGGCCCAAGAGUUCAAGUUCGACUACGAGCUGUGACCGCACUCGCUACCCCCCCCCCCGGUCCCACCCUGACAGAACUAUGGCCUGCUGAAAUUGAAAGUAGAGCCGCGGGUGAGGGCUGACUGUGAGUCUCUGCUGCCCCCGCUCCACCACAGAGGGUUUGGGGGGCAACUUUCAUUCCUGUCCACAACACCUCCAGGCUGUCUUUUAAUCAAUGUGAAUUCUGCUCACCCGAGUGUAAGGCAUCUCUUUUUAAGGGGAAGCUUUGUUGUGUUUGUGAUGAAUUCAGCACACACACACACACACACACACACACACACACACACACACACACACACACACACACACACACACACACACACACACACACACACACACACACACACACACACACACCACAUGUUCCAUAUGACUGUCUUGCCCCCUGGCUCCCGCUUGUCCACAUUAUUUAAUUAGAACUGUAACAUAGUAUCUCAACAGGGUUAUAGGGUUUUUGUUUUAAAGUAAUGAGCUGGCGAUGGAAGAAUCUGCAUAGAGUGUAUGUGCUAUAAUGACUUCCUGCUCAUGAGCUUUGACUUCCUGUUUGGUCAGGUCACAUCAUACAACAACCACUGCACCGGCAGUUUUGUUUGGGUGUGGUUGGUAUGGAAGUUAAACCUUAACUGUCCUGCACCUCACGUUGUGUGUGUGUGUGUGUGUGUGUGUGUGAGCAUGCCGUCACUUUUGUAAUCAGAGGCUGCAGAAUGAUCAACAUGUGUUGUGCUGGGGGGGUUUAAUAAGGUGGAGGAGAAGCUUUCCAUACAGUCUAAAGCAGCUGAGGACAGCAGAUUCUGUAAUACACUGAAAAACGUUGAUUUUAUUUAAAUGUAUUUUGUCAACAAAUUUCACAUAACUGUAUUAGGUUAGUUGAAAUCAAUUAUUUCAAGUUUAAAUUGGUUCAACUUAAUGUUUUUGCUUUCAACUUCCCUAAUGCAGUUAUGUGAAAUCUGUUGACAUUCUACAUUUAAUUCAACAUUUCAGUUUUUCAGUGUGCUGGUAAUCCUUAAUGAAUGUAAGCAGACUGCUAUACCAACAUGUGUGAUACACCAUGUUCUCUGACCUUUGUAAUGUGUGACUGCAGAGGGGGGGGGGGGCUGCUGCUGAAGGGAUGUUAUCACACUUUCUGCAAGUGAGCAGUGGAGAGUAUGCCCGUAGGUCACACUGUUUGACAUCACUAAAUGUGACCCUGUAGAGGGGUGCAGGGAUGAUGUAUUUUUGUAGGCUGACCUGAAAGCAUCCCAAGGGCCCCCUCCACACAAACCAAUGGGAUGUUUCUAUUGGAUUUGAGAAAACUGCAAAAAAGAUCUUUGCUCGUUUUGUUCAGCAGGAUGGUCUCCUCCUUUUCAUCAUUUGUGAAGCGUACAAUGCAAUCACCAGAAGUAGAAAGCUUUAAACAAAACUACAUCACGGUCACUAUGACUUCAUGUCACCACGGCUAAGUUAAAGGCGGCUAAUGUUGGGGCGAUGUAGUCUCAUUCAGCCACCGUUAGCAACCACUGUUUUUAUAACAUAGAGGUUUCAGACAUUAAUUAGUGGGGUGACAUAUUUUAUGGUGUGUAAUAAACAGUUGAAAUAUAUUUAGCUCGUGUUAGCCGCAAUUAUACAUUUUUGGGUAUUAGGACUCAUUCCUGCACCUCUCUAUUAUAGCUAGAAGAAAAAAAAGUUCAUCCAAAUGUUAUUCAUGCUUAUUUUUUAACCCCUAAUAAACUUUAAUGUUAUGUAAUAAAAAGAUAUAUUGUGUGACAGUCCUUGGAACAGCACCACCUGCAGCCCCCCAUUACAGGUAUAAUAUGUAACAUUUGAACAUUAAAAUGUCUAAAAACA